AUGCUGACGCAAGUCAAAUGGGCACUCGCACGCCCCAUACUGCCUCUGCUCAAAGAGAGAGAAGACAGACUAGAGGCUUCAGGACGAUGGGCAGACGCGCAGAAGCUACGGAAGCAUCAGCAUAAGAUACUCGGAAUGUCCGAGGACAAGUGGCAAGCGUUUCAUGAAUAUCUUCAGAGCACCUAUCGACUGCGUUUGGUGGCCCAGCGGCGGAUGGCCCUUGAGAAACGACAGUGGCAAAUAACACGCGGCGAAUCCACUGACGCCGAAAAGGACCCCGCCGAGUUGGAAGAAAUCCGGAGGAAAUUGGAAGCGCUGAAUAUGGAGCAUCAUAGUUCAAUGCGAUGGUGCUGGGACACUGACCUGCGUCAAUGGGAUGGCCCGUUUGUACGGGCGUUGCGGGCUACUGCGAGCAUUACGAUACCGUGGGAUACACCCUUCUUGGUGUGGGAGUGUAAAAUGAAACGCGGAUGUUGUUUGAGAAAUUGCGGUUGCUGCAAGAUGCCACGCAUUUUUCACAGAGGCGCUCCGGGUCACUGCACACCGGCCUGUGCCUGCUGCGAGAAGGAUAGAGGGUUUCCGAUACCGUUUACUGCAGACAUGAAUGAGCCUUACCUCCUUCCCUUCAACAUGAAAACCCGAAGUGAGACCUCGUACAGCGGUCAGAUGAUGAAUGCCCGUGUUUGGGGAAUAGGCCCGUCGAAGGAAAAAGGUCCAGUUCAGAUCAAGAAGUGA